AUGUCGUCCGAAAAAGCGACAUCGACUCAUUCACCAAUAUCGCCACCAGGCUCACCCUCACCCACGCAAAUCCAACCCCAAUCAAUUGAUGUCCUGGCGUCUCGACUCGGCAACUCAUCUUUAAGUCAAUACCACCAAGACUCUACUCUUUCAACAGCAACCCGUCCGGGAUCUGCCCUCUCGCCUAUCUCAUUACCUGACGACAAUGUCGUCAACAUCUCCUCAAUGCUCCCGCAGUACCACUCGAGGUCAAUGGAUAUUGAUGCCGACCAUGACACCAAUAUGGGGACAUUACAAAGCAACUCCACCUCAAAGAAACCCACGACAUCCAUAAACCUGCCUUUCGAUCCCUCCUCGCCUAUUGCCGUUGAUCCCACUGCGCUUGCAGAAGUCCCAGCAACUAUCGUUACGUCAAUGUACAGACCCAAUGCAUUCGGUGGCUUUGAGGUAGAUGAAGGAUACUGUGAAAAUGACGACGACUUCUCGUGGCUCCCAUCAGUAGCGUCGCUGAGAGCGGCUAGCACACCAGAUGGGGUCAAGAAGCGGAUCUAUACGGUCACGCUCCGAUUCCCAAGUAUCGUCAAUGAUUACGGCUCAGUAGAGCACAUCGAUAUUGCAUUUGUCACCGGCGUUUUUGGUAGACGCUGGCGGCAUGGCCGAGAUCGUACCCGCUUUGAAGGGCUGGUCUACGACGCGGCGGCGUUAACAUUCUAUGAGCAUUUUCAUAAGCGAAGCAUCCGCCCUCUCGGGACAGAACCAUGGAUGGGCUAUGGCGUUUUUCAUUAUUUUAUUCUCCCCAACAUUUUGAGAUUUAGACUGGUUGGUUGUUUUGUUUAUACUUAUGGGAGUUUCACAGCUUGGCGUAUGGGGAUCACGACAAGGAGCAUAUUUUGUUUUAUCAAGGAUCAUGUAUACGGCGUUUGA